AAUUUCUAAACAACAAAAGCAUUUAUCUUGUCUCAAAUCUCGACAUUCUAACACUGUUAUACCUCUAAAAUAUGAUAAUUAUUGAACACUCGUUUAUGAACUAACAUUUGCUGCUGCAGGAGGUAAUUUUGAAUUUGUUGAUGUUUUUACGGAUUACAUUAUGGAAGAAGUGAGAAAAUUACUUGAUGAAAGUAGUAGAAGAUUACAGGAUAUUUCAGAUUUAAUAUUAGAAAAUUUAACAGAUGAAACAGCAACUGCAGAAAUUUCCAAAUUAUAUGGCAUUGCCAAUGAUAUGGAUAUUAUUAAUAAUCAAACUAAAAUACAGCAAUCUGCUUUAAAUAACUGCAAAUUUACUUUGUCUCAGGUAGAAGAGCCAUGGAAUUGCAAUAUUCAGCAGAUAUUUGAAGAAAACCUUGAAAAAGAUAAUAAUAAAAAGAAGAAUAAAAAUAAGGAUGAAUUCCAUAGCAUCCUGCAGAAGUAUGUGAACAAGAAAAAAAAUCAAGAUGAAUUAGAUGUUGUUGAAGAGGCACAUACGGCUAUUGAUCCGUGGACCAAGCAGCCAAUCCUUCAACCAGUACAGUCAAGGGAAUGUAAGCACAUUUAUGAUAAAAGGAGUAUAGCAUGCAUCAUCAGGAAUCGUAACCAUUUCAAAUGUCCUUAUGUUGGUUGCCAAAAUAUUGUUACUAAAGAAGACUUAGUUGAUUUAGAUUAAUACUUAAAGAAUACUGAGUUUUUCACUCAUGUUAAUUAAUAUUCUAUAGAUAUUUAUUUAUCUGUACACCAGAUAACGAAGUUAUAUAUUAAAGACUUUAAAAAUAAUGUAUUAUAAAAGAUAAAGAGAGAGGAGUAAAGAGAAGCAAGAAUAUUGUUUUUAUUUAUAAAAUUAAAGAAAAUGUUAAUGAA